AUGCAGUCCCAGAAUCGAAAAAGAGCUCCAGCAUGGACCGAAUGGGAGGUACUGGAUCUGAUCACUGUAUGGGGAGAGGAAUCUGUACUAUCAGAACUACGUUCCAAAACACGAAAUGCCAAAACAUUUCAAAAAAUCUCCAAGGCCAUGAGGGACAGAAGCUAUAGCAGGGAGGCAACACAGUGCUGUGUGAAAUUUAAGGAGCUCAGAAAAGAGUACCAGAAAACCAAAGAAUCAAAUGGACGCUCCGGGACAGAGCCCCAGACAUGCUGCUUCUACGCUGAGCUGCAAGCAAUUCUAGGGGGGGGGCCCGCCACCACUACCCCACUCCUGUCCAUGGACUCCGAGGAUGGGAUACUCUCUGCCAUGCCUGAGGAUUUUGCGGAUGGGGAAGAUGAGGAGGAGGAGGACGAUGAGCUUGAGGAGACCACACAGCACACCACUCUCCCCGACAGCCAGGAUCUUUUUAUCACCCUGACUGAAAUACCCUCCCAACCCAACGAAGUUGGAGAAGGGCCCUCUGCAGCUGCAAAUGUUUCAAGCCUCCCUCCUCUGUCCCAAAAGCUAUCUCAGAUAAGGCGGCGAAAAAAACACACGUGUGAUGAAAUGUUCUCUGAGCUCAUGCAGUCGUCCGGCACUGAUAGAGCUCAGCAGAAUGUGUGGAGGGACGCAAUAGCAGAGUACAGGAUGGUGACUGAUGAACGUGAGGAGAGGUGGCAGCAGGAAGAUCAGAGGAGGCAUGAGGCAAUGCUGGGGCUAUUGCGGGAUCAAACAGACGUGCUCCAGCGUUUGGUGGAGGUUCAUGAACGGCAGCAGGAUCACAGACUGCUGCUGCAGCCCCUGUUUAACCGCCCUCCUUCCUCCCCAAGUUCCAUAGCCUCCUCACCCAGAUGCCCAAGAACGUGGGGGGUGGGGGGGGGAGAAAGGAUCCGGGCACCCAACCACUCCGCCCCAGUAGACAGCCCAAGCAACAGAAGGCUGUCAUUCAAGAAGUUUUAAAGUGGUCUUUUCCUUCCCUCCUCCCACACCCCACGCGGGCUACCUUGUGAGUUAUCUCCCUAUUUUUAUAAUCAAUUAAUAAAGAAUACAUGUUUUUUAAAUG